AUGGCUUCCAACAGUUCGAACUUCGAUCCAUUCACCCAGAGCAUUACCAUUCUCAUGGCCGAUGGCGUUACGACUGUGUCUAUCACCCCAGUCGACAUCGACUUUUUCUACUACUACAAUGUGGCUAGUUGUAUCAACUAUGGUGCUCAAGCUGGAGCUUGUUUAUUGAUGUUCUUCGUCGUCGUCGUCCUCACCAAGGCUGCCAAGCGCAAAUCACUCCUCUUUGUCCUCAAUACCCUCUCACUCAUUUUCGGGUUCCUUCGCGCCAUGCUCUAUGCCAUCUAUUUUCUUCAAGGCUUCAAUGACUUCUACGCCGCUUUCACGUUCGAUUUCAGCAGAGUGCCACGAUCGUCGUAUGCUUCUAGUGUCGCUGGCAGUGUCAUUCCUCUCUGUAUGACGAUCACAGUCAACAUGUCUUUAUAUCUUCAAGCUCACACUGUUUGUAAGAACUUGGAUAAUUUAUAUCGAAUUAUCCUCACCACACUCUCUGCUAUCAUUGCCCUACUAGCAAUUGGCUUUAGGCUCGCCGCAACGGUCGUCAAUUCAGUGGCCAUCUUGGCAACAUCUGCUUCGUCCGUGCCAAUGCAAUGGCUAGCCAAAGGAACCCUUGUAACGGAGACAAUCUCGAUAUGGUUCUUCUCUCUCAUAUUCACUGGAAAAUUAGUAUGGACUCUCUACAAUCGUCGAAGAAACGGAUGGAGACAAUGGAGCGCCGUGCGAAUUCUUGCUGCUAUGGGUGGUUGCACCAUGAUUAUACCUUCUAUCUUUGCCAUCCUCGAAUAUGUGACACCAGUUUCAUUUCCAGAAGCAGGCACUAUUUCCCUUACAUCAGUCGCACUUUUACUUCCCAUUUCUUCACUUUGGGCCGGUAUGGCGACAGACGAGGAAACGUCUACUAUCGACGUGUCCAACCUCACUGGUUCACGCACAAUGCAAGGUUCACAGAGCGGAAAUUUCUCACGAAAGACAUAUGCCAGCGACACCACCGCACAAUCCUCUCGACUUGAUUUUACAUCCAGAAAAGGAAGCAAUGCCACCAUGAUGAGAAAAGGUAGCAAUGUCAUGGACCAAGUCACCACAAUUGACUGUAUUGUCGAGGAUAAUAUGGCAAAUCAUGCUCCAAGAGAUAGCACGGAAAUGGAUCUUGAAGCCAUGGGUGUACGCAUUAAUAAAUCGUAUGGAGUUCAGAAGGCAUGA